AUGGAGCCGUGUGUUUGGCAUCGCAUCUGCUACUCCUGCCUGGCCUCCUCCUUUGGCGUCCUCUGUGUCCUUGCAACGGCUCACCAGGCUAUCCGCAUAGUGAGGGCCGAGGCGUUCCGCGUGGAGGAGUGGUUUGCCUUGACCCUGCAUGCCUGUGGACUCAUUGCGCUGCCUGUCGCUGCUGCAGGGUGGAUGAGGCGCAGGAUGGUAGCUUUGGCCUUUUUUCUCUUCCUCUCUUCCUGGGUGAUCUCCUGGGCGUCGGUGCAGGCGGCAGAGAAGACGAUACUGCUCUGCUUCGAAUGGUACGCGAUCGUCCUGCUGGCCGUUGGUCUGCAUCUGGAGCAGCGCCGGAGAAACAGCGCAGGGAGCCAAUGCCCAAAGGAAGUGAGCUGUGUUUGGGCGCCGUGUCGCUUCGAUCAGCGCCAACGGAGCCCCGAGUUCUACAGUUUCGAGGUGAAGGCCGGCGACCCGAUCAGCUGGACGCCCUCAGCGCCCACACCGCUCGUGGCUCCCACUUUGGUUGGAGACCUGCAAACCUGCCUCUGCUGCCUGGAAGAUUUUGAAGAGACUACAGAGGUAGCAAUCUUACCCUGCGGUCACAUCUUUCAUCAAGAGUGUGUGGCGGCUUGGUCGGUCUGCCAGGUUUCCUCCAACUGCCGCUGCCCGACGUGUUCCCGCAGCUUCGUCGCUCCCCAUCAUUGCGCAUGA